AUGGAUCUAGAAAAUUGUCGAAAAAGUUCUGAUAAAAGCUUUGAUACUGAUGACGAUUCCGAUUAUGCCAUGAUAAGACAAAUAAAAAUGGAACCGGAAACAAUUUUCUCGCCUUCUGAGGAUGAUAUUAUGGCACAACUGCAACAAGAUAGUUCCGACUUGGAAGUAGAACCCAGUUUUACAUUGGAAGGCACCGUAAAUGGUGAAUAUUGUAACGAGGGAAUAUUAAUGCAACACAUGGACAUUAGAGAACCUUUAUCUACAUUAAGGAGCCUUUUGGAAGAGAGGCUUACCAUAGAUUUGAAAAACUAUUCGUUUUGGUUACAAAAUGCACAGAUGCUGGAAAGCCAUAAAAAUUUGGUCGAUCAAUGUGUCCAAGGAGAAGGGCUAGUUCAGAUUAAUGUACAAAUAAAGCCUAUGCAGAAACGUAUCAAUAUAGCGGAUGUUCUCAAGCCAGCGGAAGAUUACAUUGAAGUUGUGGAAAAUAAUUCACCGGUGCCUGUAGCUCAGGAAAAUAAACGAAAUGUUAUAAAGUGGAUGGUGGAUGCGCAGUAUAAAAAGGAACAGGAACGCUUAAAAAUACCAACUGAUCCAAAAGAUUGGUCAGAAACACAUGUUAAACAUUGGCUGCAAUGGGCCGUUAGACAAUUCAAUUUAGUAUCGUUACGUUUGGCCGAUUGGAAUAUAACCGGGACGCAGCUGUGCAACCUUACCAUGGAGGAGUUUCAUGCAAAAGUGCCUCUUGAUCCAGGAGAUGUGUUUUGGACGCAUUUUGAACUUCUUAGAAAAUGCAAAUUCGUCGCUGUAGUGCAAAAAGAUGCGCCAGACUCUUCCACUGAAGGCACUUUGGAAAAGUCUAUUAAAGCGCGAAAUCAAAAAGUAGUAAAACCGAGGCCUGCGGUGAACCAACAGACACGUGUAAUUAACAUGCCACUGGAGAGUGUCGAUCCAACUUCAAUCACUAUUGCUACUUCCAGUCGAUCCGUUAAUAGUGGCCAAAUACAGUUAUGGCAAUUUUUAUUAGAGCUACUAACGGAUAAAGAAUAUAGAGAUGCGAUUCAGUGGAUUGGAACUGAAGGGGAAUUUAAACUUAAUCAGCCAGAAGCAGUGGCACAAUUAUGGGGAGCACGUAAGAAUAAGCCAUCGAUGAAUUAUGAAAAAUUGAGUAGAGCGCUUCGAUAUUAUUACGAUGGUGAUAUGAUUUCUAAAGUUCAUGGCAAACGGUUUGUUUAUAAAUUCGUUUGUGAUUUAAAACAGUUAUUGGGCUAUUCAGCCGCGGAAUUGAGUAAACUUGUCGAGGAAGGAAGAAGGUAUUUCUGAUGAAGUCGUAUAUUUUUAGCUGCUGUUAAUAAAAGUGCUUUUACCGUAAACAUCCCAUGAUGUGUCUAUCACUUUAUUUAAGAUAAUAAUUUGUACGCAGAGUAUUGAGCAUGUAUAUAUGCAAAGUUAUUAUAUCAUGUAACUAUUCUAUAUUUAUCAAGUUUAGUAUAAAACUAGUUUUUUUUCCGAGAUACAAACAUGUAAAAUCACUUGUGUGGCUAUCUUUUAUCAACUCAAUAUUGUUGAAUUACUUCUUCACUAUUCACGAAUUUAUCAGAUGCUUUACUCGUCGUUUCCAAACAAAUUGAGUAAUUUUUCAAUGCCACAAUCUCACAAGCAAUGACAAAAUAAAUUAAAAAAAAAAAAAAAAAAAAAAAAAAAAUCAAUAUGUAAAUUGAAGAGCAUUUUUCUAUUCUUAUAGACAUAUAUUUAUAAACUAUAGUACAACAAUAUAUAUUAAAGAACAUUGUGAUUUUGUCUACUUGUUUCGGUAAUCAUUAAAGAUAGUGAUGGUAUAUGUGUAAGCAUGUAAAUUGUAAAGAUAUUUUGAUAAUCUUUCAUGUUCUCCCCAUUUGUAAAGAAAAAAGAGAGAGAGAGAGAGAGAGAGAGAGAGAGAGAGAGACACUAGGUAUUAUCUUUUUUAUAAUAUAUAUGUAUUCAGAAUUGUGUACAUAUAAAUGUAUUUGAUAUAUAAGUAUAUAUGUUGGUUGAUUAUAUGUUUACACGAGAGCUUUGUAUAAUAACUAUAAUUUUUUGAAAAUCCAUCACAAUGGUAUGAUAUUAUAAUCGAUUAUGUAAAGAGGUUGCAUGUAAUAAUAUAAAUAUUGUUAAAUAUAUCACAGACAUAUUUCUCAC